UCUAGUAGAAAAAUACGGCGGGUAACUUUCUUUUACCAAAGGCAGCUCGCCGUCAACUGUAAUAAAACUGCGGCGGCGGCGGCAAAUUUCAGUUUGGCCGGUCUUACACGCCUCCAUAACCGCGGCCACAGUCAAAUUAUCUACCAAUACUUUACCAACGCAAUAAUAAUUCUCUCUCUCUCAUCCAUUUCCUCUCUCACCAGAUCAGAAUAUCAGCAGAUGAUACCACACCACGCCCAACAUGUUAGGGUUUCGACUGCUAGGGCUUCUCCUGCUGGCAAUCUCGGUCUUCCCACCGGCCGAAUCCCAGUGCUCCAAGGGCUGUGACCUAGCCCUGGGAUCCUACUACGUCUGGCCGGGCUCCAACCUCACCUUCAUCGCCAACGUCACCAACGGGUCCGUCCAGGACAUCCAGGACCAGAACCAGAUCUCCAACGCCAACAGCGUCCUCUCCGGCAUCCGCAUCAACGUGCCCUUCCCAUGCGACUGCCUAGACGCCGGGUUCCUCGCCCACGUCUUCGAGUACGCCGUCCACUCCGGCGACACUUAUUCCACCAUUGCCAGCAAAUACUACGCGAACCUGACGACGGCAGUCUUUUUGGAGGGGUCAAACAGCUAUCCCGCGACCAACAUUCCGGAUAACGGGGUGGUGAACGUGACGGUGAACUGCUCCUGCGGGAACGCGGCGGUGUCGAAGGAGUACGGGUUGUUUGUCACGUACCCGCUACGGGAGGGGGAGACCUUGGAGUCAGUGGCGGCGGCCUCGAACCUCACGGCGGAUUUGCUGCAGAGUUAUAACCCCGGUGUGGAUUUUAGCGCGGGGAGUGGGCUGGUGUAUAUUCCGGGCCGAGAUAAAAACGGAAAUUAUCCGCCCUUGGAAUCUAGCUCAGGAUUAUCAGUUGGAGUCAUAGCUGGGAUAGCUGUAGCAGGAGUGGCAGGGGCGCUGUUGUUGGGGCUUUCAGUAUAUAUUGGACUUUACAGAAAGAAGAAAGUGCAAGAUCAAGUAUUGCUUUCUGCAACACCUGAAGAUCAAUCAUUUGAUACUGCAGGAACUCCUGGAGGUACUUAUGGGAAUGGUACAGGCUCCUCUGGCGGUGCUUCUUCAGGCCUUGCCGGCAUAACAGUGGACAAAUCUGUGGAAUUCUCUUAUGAAGAACUUGCGAAGGCAACUAAUGACUUCAAUAUCGCUAAUAAGAUUGGCCAAGGGGGAUUUGGGGCCGUUUACUACGCUGAGUUGCGAGGCGAGAAAGCUGCAAUAAAGAAGAUGGCUAUGCAAGCUUCAAGAGAGUUUCUUGCUGAGUUGAAGGUUUUAACACGUGUUCAUCACCUAAACCUGGUGCGUUUGAUAGGGUAUUGUGUUGAGGGCUCUCUUUUCCUAGUCUAUGAAUAUAUUGAAAAUGGCAAUUUGAGCGAACAUUUACGUGGAUCAGGCAAUGAACCCCUGCCUUGGUCUACCAGAGUGCAAAUCGCACUUGACUCAGCGAGAGGGCUUGAAUACAUACAUGAGCAUACUGUUCCUGUCUAUAUACAUCGUGACAUAAAAUCAGCAAAUAUUUUGAUAGACAAGAACUUCCAUGGCAAGGUUGCAGAUUUUGGUUUAGCAAAGCUGACUGAGGUUGGGGUGUCACUGCCAACACGUCUUGUGGGAACAUUCGGAUACAUGCCUCCAGAAUAUGCUCAAUUCGGUGAUGUUUCUCCCAAAGUUGAUGUCUUCGCUUUUGGGGUUGUCCUCUAUGAGCUUAUUUCAGCCAAGGAGGCCAUAGUCAAGGCAGGUGAUUCGAUGGCUGACGCAAAGGGCCUCGUUGCUUUAUUUGAUGAAGUGCUUAGUCAGCAAGAUCCAAGAGAAGACCUUAGCAGGCUGGUGGAUCCUAGGCUUGGAGAUAACUACCCUCUCGAUUCAAUUCGCAAGGUGGCUCAGCUCGCCAGAGCUUGCACUCAAGAGAACCCUCAACUAAGGCCAAGCAUGAGAUUGGUUGUGGUGGCGCUUACGACUCUUUCAUCGACAACAGAAGAUUGGGAUGUAGCCUCUUUCUAUGAAAACCAAGGUUUAGUCAAUCUGAUGUCUGGGAGGUAGAGCAACUGCUUGUGAACAGUACCCGGACAAAGCUUGUUGAAGAUUUGAAAAUACAACUAUGUAAUUGUAUAUUUGUUAUUUUUUGCAUGUAGAUAUGCAUUGUUUCAGGACAGUUGAUAUUAGUGGAGAAGUGUAAAAUCCCUCGAUUUUUCGUGUUCAUCGAAUGCUCUGUAGAAGAGUUGCGUAUCAGAGCUCAUCGCCAAGUCUUUCAUGUUUUCUCGGUGUAAACGGCCAGAAAUGACCAAAAUGAAAAAUAACACAUUAGUUGGUAAUUUUUUUUUA